ACCUCGGCCAGAAGCAGCUGCAGCAGCUGCCCUAGUCCCCACCGCCGCCUCUCCAGCCACUUCUGUCAUUCCACGCCAGCUGCUGCAGACAGAGGACGAGGAGGAGGAGGCGAGAAACUCCCACCGACCCACAGAGGGAGCAUGACUUCGGCAACUUCACCUAUCAUUUUAAAAUGGGAUCCAAAAAGUUUGGAAAUCCGGACACUCACAGUGGAAAGGCUGUUGGAGCCACUAGUGACACAGGUAACAACACUUGUCAAUACAAGCAACAAAGGUCCAUCAGGUAAAAAGAAAGGAAGGUCAAAGAAAGCCCAUGUGCUGGCUGCAUCCGUAGAACAAGCUACUCAGAACUUCCUGGAAAAGGGUGAACAGAUUGCUAAGGAGAGUCAAGACCUCAAAGAAGAGUUGGUGGCAGCUGUGGAGGAUGUACGGAAGCAAGGUGAGACAAUGCGGAUCGCCUCCUCUGAGUUUGCUGAUGACCCUUGCUCUUCGGUCAAGCGUGGCACCAUGGUGCGGGCAGCGCGGGCUCUGCUAUCAGCUGUGACACGCUUGCUAAUCCUGGCUGAUAUGGCAGAUGUCAUGAGACUUUUAUCUCAUCUGAAAAUUGUCGAGGAGGCUCUGGAAUCUGUCAAAAAUGCUACAAAUGAGCAAGAUCUUGCAAACCGCUUUAAGGAGUUUGGGAAAGAAAUGGUGAAACUGAACUAUGUAGCUGCAAGACGACAACAGGAGCUGAAGGACCCUCACUGUAGGGACGAAAUGGCUGCUGCCCGUGGAGCCCUGAAGAAGAAUGCCACCAUGCUGUACACAGCCUCCCAAGCCUUCCUCCGCCACCCAGAUGUUGCUGCGACCAGAGCCAACCGAGAUUAUGUAUUCAAACAAGUCCAAGAGGCCAUAGCUGGAAUCUCCAGUGCUGCUCAGGCCACCUCACCCACUGAUGAAGCCAAAGGCCACACAGGCAUUGGGGAGCUGGCUGCAGCCCUGAACGAGUUUGAUAAAAUUGGGGAAUCUUAUAACCCUGAAGACGACAGACAGAAGACUAGAGAAAUGGCCUGGUAGUUAAGAGCACUUGUUGCUCUUGCUGCAGAAUAGAGUUUGCUUGCUAGCAACCAUGUCAGAUGACACAAAAGUACCAGUUACUCCAGCUCCGCUAGUGCACGAACCAGGAGACACACACAGAUACACAUACACAUGCAGACACAGAGGUACUGCUUUUAGGGCUCUGAUUCUUUUUAAAAAUAUAUUUGUGUGGCCACACAGUGGUGGUACAUGUCUUUAAUCCAAUUACUUGGGAGGCAGUGACAGACAGAUCUCUAUCAGUUCAAGUCCAGGCUGUUGUACAGAACAAGUUCCAGGACAGCUAGGACUAAACACAGAAAUCCUGUAUUGAAAAAAAAAAACCAAAAGGGUGUGUGUGUGUGUGUGUGUGUGUGUGUGUGUGUGUGUGUGUGAGUGUGCAUGCACGCACGCACGUGCGCAACUGUGUGCUUAUGAGAGAGAGUUCACUGUCAUCUAGAACUUAUUUUGAAGACAUUUUGCUUUCUUAACAUGUUAAGCUAUGAUGUCUACACUUGAAAUUUGCAAACUCAUUGACAAAGAGAUUUUAUUUACCCCGGGUUCAUAUGUUGACCUUGGCACUUUGCAUGCUACAUGAACCUGCAAAUUGCUCUGACUCAUCAAAGAAUAUUUCCUCUGCCUGUAAAAUGCCAUGUGCCUUCACUAGUAGGACUCAUGUGAACAGUGUAAUGAAUUCUCAUCACAUACUUCCUCUUAAGAAAGUUCUGGAGUUUUCUCUUUCUAAUCUGCCUGGAACCUCUUGGGCCAUGGCAUCAGAGACUGAAACAAGUCAACAUUAUCCUUCAAGCUGCCCUCACUAAGUAGUCUUUGGACAAUUCCAUCAGGUGAUUCUUAAUAAACAUGAUACAAAUCCUAAAAGAUUUUUACACUGUUGUGUUCUGGAUAAUCUUAAGAAGAAACUCAUAAGGGCAAUCCUCCCACUUGUUUGGCAAUCCUCCCACCUUCUGAAAAACAAGUAAUGGUGAUGUAUUUUUGAAUGUUUUUCAAGAAUCUUUUUUCUAGCCCAAAAUACAUAUAGAAAUUGGAAAGUGUCAGAAUCUCUGUAAAAAUAGGACUCUCUACAGAGAUUUUCAAGUAGAAUCAAUAGGCUUCUCAGGGUGAUGGCUGAAGGAGAAUGAUAAGCUGUCGUGCAAAUAAUACUAUUGAACCCAAGAGCUUGGAUUGUGUUACCUGUCACAUCAGAGACCUCCUGAUCCCAACCUAAAGGAAGUCAUCCCCUACAGCUUUGUGUCUACACACCUUGAAAGGAGAGACUCUGUGCUUCUCUCCUUUACAGGGUUAUUAAAUCCUGUAAUUCUUGUACAAUUUAAUGUAUAUAAGAAAUCUUCAGGACUGGAGAAAUGUUUCAGCACUUAAGAGUGCUUGCUGUUCUUGUGUAGGACCCUGGGUUGGUCCCUAGGACCCACAUGGCAGCUCAUAACCAUCUGUAAAUCCAGUUAUAGAGAAUCUGACACUCUCUGGCCUCUGUGGUCAACAGGCAUGUACAUAGUGCACAUGCACAUAUGAAGUCAAAACACUCACAUACAUUUUUGAAAUAAAGAAAGAAAUCUUCACAUCAAUAGCAAAUACUGACAAACUGUGAUUUAUAUUUUCAAACAUUUCUAACAUGGUACCAUAAACUUCAUACCUGGUAGUAUAACCUUCAUACCCGGUACUAUAAACUUGGUCUAAUGUCCAUGACAUGGGAGUGACCAGUUACCCUAGGAGCAAAUCUACUGUCUUGGUGACUUGUUAUAUAGUCAAACUGCCUUCUAUAUAUUUAUAUUUGUACCCAUGUUUAUAAAAGAGUGCAUUGACUGGGCUGUUUUGUACCAAAAGAAUGCUUUGAGCAGAACACGAGGUGUACAACAAAUUGUAAAGUCCCAUCCUUCUCAAAGCUAGAGGCUUGAGUCUCUAGCUGGUUGUCUUCUACUUGCUCCCAAAUAACUGCUGUACUCCUUCAUGCCAAGUUGCUCCUAGAGGAGGGAAAGGCUAAGUCAAUAGAGGGAGCUAACAGAGCUGUAGAAAUGAUUUACUACAAGAAAGAACAUUGAAUUGUUGUGUGAGCACAAGGUACUGGUCUGGUGUUUUGGGGUUCUCUAGGGAAAAAUAGCUGAUGGGAUGAAUAUUAUGUAUAUGUAUGUACAUAUAUAUUCACAUAUAUAAAGGGACUUUAUUAGAGUAGAUUAAAGACUGUGACCCAGGUAGGCCAACAAUUGCUGUCUACUAAGUCCAAGAAUCCAGUAAUUAUUCAGUCCAAAUCCAGUAGUUUUUCAGUCCUCAAGGCUGGGUGUCUCACCUGGUCUUCAGAAUACACUGGAAUCCUGAUAAGUAGGCACUAAUUCCAGUGGGAAAAAAUGGACAUAACAACCAGAGGGGCAAGGAGGAAGCAUGCAAUGAGAGAGAGCUCUUCCUUCCUCCACGUCAUUUAUAUAUGCUUUCACCACAAGUUGUGGUCCAGAUAAAAACUGGAUCUCUCCACCUUAAAAGAUCUGGAGUAAAGGUGGGUCUCCUUGCUUCAAAUGAUUUAAUUAAGAAAAAAGUCCCUCACAGGUAUAUACAGCUGCUUGGGUUUUGGUUAAUUACAGAUUUAAUCAAGUUGACAACCAAGAGUUGCCAUCACAGAUGGUGAGAACACAGUUACAGGGUAAAGCCAGUGAUCUCCAUGGCCCACUUUGACUGACAUCCUAUUGUUUUAUUUUAAAUGGUUAUUUGUUCGUUUCUCUCAAGACAUGCUCAUCUUGUUACCUACAUGUUGUCAAUACAGAACUUAAACUUUUUUUCAAUUUUAAAAUUAUAUGUCUUUUCAUUGCACAUUGACAUAGGUGUUAACUUAUUGUAGUCUCUAUUUUAGUUAAAAUAUUUAUGUCUGCGUAUUUAUACAUUUAUGCAUGUGUUCAUGUGUGUUCAGGUGAAUGUGCAUGUAUAAUUAACAGAGCGACUUGGCUGGCAUUUUACGGCACUUCUUUUUUUAAGACAGAGUCUCUUACCAAAUGGGAACUCACCAAAUAGUAGAGCUGGCUGGCCAGAGAUCCCUAGGAAUCCACUUUUCUCUGCUUCCCCAGCUCGUACUACAAUGUCCAGCUUUCAUAUUUGGGUUCUAGGGAUUGCACUCUGGGUCCUCAUGCUUUCAAGACAAACACUUCAUUGACUGAACCUUCUUUAUCUACACCUUUAAAAUGUGUAUAUUUUUGUAAUUCACCCCUCAUUGUAGAGUGCUUAAAGAUGUAUUCAGCAUUAUCUUUACCUCCUUUAUGCAGAUGAAGACAGAUUGAAUAAGAUUAUCUAUAGUAUUGGUCAAAGCUUCAAGACAUCUGCAGUACUUCCCACAACUGAAGCAAUAAAGGAAUAGUCAGAGAACUCUAUCUAAACAAGUGUGUUCUGGACUUGCUUCUGCUAUUUCAAAUUUUUCAUUGAGUUUCAGUGACUUGCUCCAGCC